AUGUCCGACUCCCUCUACGGAAUCCCGCGUCCCAAAACAAGUUCAACCUCGAAAUCCUCCGCCCCCUCAGCCUCCAACCUCGCUUUCACCACCACCCUCUCCUCGCUCAUCUCCCAAGACUCAAAAGACGCAUCCACCACCUCGUCAUCAACACGCAGCGGACGCCCCCGACCGUCGAAAUCAAACAAAUCAGACAUCUUCGCGCGACACAACAAAGGCGCCCAAAAACGUGCCGCCGCUGAUCUCCGCGACGACGAGAAUGGCGUGUUCCAGACACACCAGCGCACGGAGGACAUUGGUGGCGCGGACACCGCAGCGCUACAUCGUUCAAAGCGGCGCAUGCAGGAGAAGGCAAGGGUGUAUGAAGAGUUGAAGGGCGGGGCGUAUUUGGCGGCGGAUAGUGAUGAUGAGGAGGAUGGUUACGGACGAGGAGGAGAGACGGGCAGUACAGAUCAAUAUUUCGCUCGAUUGCGACGGAAAGAGCGCGAGGGGCUGGUGGAUUUUGAUCGGAAAUGGGCAGACGCGGAGCGCGAGAAGGGAUCCGGAUCGGAAGAGGAAAGCGAUGCGGAGGAUGAUGACAACGCCUCCGUCGUGUCCUAUGAAGAUGAGCUGGGUCGGACACGUCGCGGGACCAGGGCCGAAGCGGCGCGGGCGGCGCGAGCAAAGGCGGAUGAAGAGUCGGGCCAGCGGUCGAAUAUGCAGGAGCGUUGGCGUCCGUCGCGCCCGGAGAACUUGAUCUACGGGGAGACAGUGCAGGCGGAGGCGUUCAAUCCGUCGGCCACGGCUGCGUCGCAGAUGUCAUAUCUGGCUACGCGAAGGGAUCGGUCGCCUACGCCGCCGGGAGAAACGCAUUACGAUGCUGACGCCGAGGUCCGCAACCGGGGAACUGGGUUCUAUGCGUUCUCGAAAGACGAGACGGUGCGACGGCAGCAAAUGGAAGAGCUCGUUAGCGCGCGUGAUGAAACUCAGAGGGCGCGGGAAGCUCGGCAGAAGAGGAAGGCCGAGAGGGAGCAGGUCAAAGACGAACGAAGAAAGGCAAUCGGCGAACUGCGGUCGAAGAGGCGUGCGGAGAUGUUCUUGGCUGGGUUAGGCGACGUGGGAGAUUGGACUGGAUCCGCCCCGGUGGAAACAGAUGCCUAA